CCACCCCACCAAUCUAUUGGAUCUUCUAUCAUCUCCCCCCUUUUUUCUUCCCUGUUUCUUUACUGUCACUGUUUCUUCAUCUCUCUGCACACCAAAAAAAAAAAAAAAAGAGAAAAAGAAAAGAAAAGAAAAAGAAACCCAGAAACAGUGAAGAGAAAUAGUUUAGAAAUCGUGUCUUUUUAGCAGUGUUAAUUCACUGCUGGAGAACAAACCCCAUUUUCUAUUUUGAAAACCAAGCUGAAAUUUGUAUACCCCAGAGAUUCAGGCGCCUUUUCUCUUUUCUGUUUGCUUGGGCUUCUUCAAAUCGAAAGAAGCUCUGCAAAUUUUUGAUCUUUUUGGAGUAUUUUUUUGGGGGGUUGCAUUUUGGAAUUGAAAUGUGGAGCGAAGAGCUGUUUGUCUGGGUUCUAAAGACGACUGGAGAAUCGAGGGAGAUUUGAUGGAAUUAGAAGACUUAAUGCUUUACUUUUUGGACAUUUCAUGGAGGUUAUAAUCCGGUUUGGUUCAAGCACUGUAAUCAGAUUUGAUUUUAAGCUUCGAUUUGCCGCCGUUAUAUUCGAGAUUUUAUUGAUAUUGUUAUGGUUUGAAGCUUCUGCUGCAAAAUUUCGGGAGCAUCAUCUGCAAUGGAGAGGCCUAGAAAGAGGAAGUAGUGAAAACAUUGUCUCACAUUCAUGUAUUCAUGACCAGAUAAUUGAGCAGAGGAGACGUCCAGGUCGGAAGGUUUACUCAGUUACCCCACAGGUUUAUGAGCACUCUGGUAUCUCAAAUCAUGUUCAUCACAAAGGAAGGUCCUUGCUUGGGACUCCUGAAUUGCUUGGGCAUCCAAAGGAUGCUAAACAACCUAUAAGAAUAUAUUUAAAUUAUGAUGCCGUUGGCCACUCACAGGAUAGAGAUUGUCGAAAAGUUGGUGAAAUUGUGAAGCUCGGGGAGCCUCCUGUGAGUUCUCCUUCUGGCACACCCUCCUGCAAUCCUCAUGGUGAUCCUCCAAUUUAUGGUGAUUGUUGGUAUAAUUGCACUUUGGAUGAUAUAUCUGGGGAGGACAAGCGCCGUCGUCUUCGCAAGGCUCUAGGGCAGACAGCUGACUGGUUUAAGAGAGCCCUGGCUGUGGAGCCUGUGAAAGGGAAUUUGAGAUUGAGUGGAUAUUCUGCAUGUGGACAAGAUGGAGGUGUACAGCUUCCUCGUGAAUAUGUUGAAGAGGGCGUUGCUGAUGCGGACUUGGUCCUUCUUGUGACCACAAGACCUACCACUGGCAACACUUUGGCAUGGGCAGUAGCAUGUGAACGUGAUCAAUGGGGUCGUGCAAUUGCUGGGCAUGUGAAUGUCGCUCCUCGACAUUUAACAGCUGAAGCAGAGACUUUACUUUCAGCUACUCUUAUCCAUGAGGUUAUGCAUGUUCUUGGCUUCGAUCCGCAUGCUUUUGCCCACUUUAGGGACGAGAGGAAAAGGAGACGUAAUCAGGUUACUGAACAGAUCAUGGAUGACAAGCUUGGGAGGAUGGUAACUCGUGUGGUGCUUCCACGUGUUGUCAUGCACUCACGACAUCAUUAUGGGGCAUUUUCAGAAAAUUUUACUGGCUUAGAGCUAGAAGAUGGGGGAGGACGUGGCACAUCAGGAUCUCAUUGGGAAAAAAGGCUUUUGAUGAAUGAGAUAAUGACGGGAUCUGUGGAUACUAGAUCAGUAGUUUCAAAAAUGACUCUGGCUUUGUUGGAGGAUAGUGGAUGGUAUCAAGCUAACUAUAGCAUGGCAGAUCGUCUUGAUUGGGGUCACAACCAAGGAACUGAUUUUGUUACUUCUCCUUGCAAUCUCUGGAAGGGGGCGUAUCAUUGCAACUCAACCAAUUUGUCUGGUUGUACAUAUAACAGGGAAGCAGAGGGUUACUGCCCUAUUGUAAGUUAUAGUGGGGACUUACCUCAGUGGGCUCGGUAUUUUUCUCAGGCUAACAAAGGUGGUCAGUCCUCAUUAGCUGAUUAUUGCACAUACUUUGUGGCUUACUCUGAUGGAUCCUGUACAGACACUAAUAGUGCAAGGGCUCCAGACAGGAUGUUAGGUGAAGUGAGAGGGAGUAACUCCAGGUGCAUGGCUUCAUCCUUAGUACGUACUGGUUUUGUGCGGGGUUCUAUGACCCAAGGAAAUGGUUGUUAUCAACACAGAUGUGUAAAUAACUCAUUAGAGGUUGCUGUGGAUGGUAUUUGGAAAGUGUGUCCCGAAGCUGGUGGACCAGUUCAGUUCCCUGGCUUUAAUGGUGAACUAAUUUGUCCUGCUUACCAAGAACUCUGUAGCACUAGCCCUGUUCCUGUGUCUGGGCAAUGUGCCAAUUCUUGUAAUUUUAAUGGUGACUGUGUCAAUGGGAAGUGUCAUUGCUUUCUUGGAUUUCAUGGUCAUGAUUGUAGUAAACGAUCUUGCCCUAGCAAUUGCAGUGGGCAUGGCAAGUGCCUGUUAAAUGGGGUCUGUGAAUGUGAAAAUGGUCAUACGGGCAUUGACUGCUCGACUGCUGUUUGCGAUGAACAAUGCAGCCUCCAUGGUGGUGUCUGUGACAAUGGAGUUUGUGAGUUCCGCUGCUCUGACUAUGCAGGCUACACAUGCCAGAACAGCUCCAGUCUCCUCUCUAGUCUAUCAGUUUGCAAAAAUGUGUUAGAGAGGGAGUUGUAUGGGCAACACUGUGCACCCAGUGAGGCAAGUAUAUUACAGCAGCUAGAAGAAGUUGUUGUCAUGCCCAAUUAUCACCGUCUAUUCCCUGGUGGUGCUCGAAAAUUGUUUAAUAAUCUCUUUGGGAGCAGCUACUGUGAUGCAGCUGCCAAGCAACUGGCCUGCUGGAUCUCGAUCCAAAAAUGUGAUAAUGAUGGGGACAACAGGCUACGGGUAUGCCAUUCAGCAUGUCAGUCGUAUAAUUUAGCAUGCGGAGCUUCGCUAGACUGUGCAGACCAAACUCUCUUUAGCAGUGAAGAGGAAGGUGAGGGCCAAUGCACAGGCUCUGGCGAGUUGAAGCUUUCGUGGUUUAAUCGCUUGCGAAGUAGUUUAUUUUCAAGCAAUACGUCUUUGAAAGGAACGUCUGUAAAGUAUAGGCAGUAUUAGCCCCCCACCCUCUCUCCCUCUUUUCUUUUUGUUUUUCCAAUCUACCAAUCUCCCCCUCCUUUUGUUCUACUAAUUUUGGCUUGUAAUUUUUCUAGGCUUCGAUUGUAGGCAAAGGUGGCACUCAUGACUGUGCCUUAGAAUGUAGAGUUUCUGUGUUUUAGCCCAAAAGUCAAUUAGAAAUAUUUGGGCAAGGAUCAUUAGGCUUUCCAAAGAUGAAAGCCUCUUGUAGAGAAAGUUGAAAAUGUAUUGAAAAGCAACCAAAAAGAAACGGAAAACAAAAAAAACAAAAAAGAGUGACCAGAUGUUUGGCCGAAGGCCUUGAAAGAA